CUAAAGUGAUGCAUUACCAAAUGUCCUAGUUUUGCUCCUACUUUUGCCACCCACCUAAUCUCGCUAUAAACUUCUUACACCGUUCUAUCCUCAAUCCCCUCUCCUCUUCCAUUCACCUCUUGUUAGAUAGCAAGAACUAGUUCAAAAGUUACAAUUACUACAAUCUCAAUUAGUCCAAAUCUCCUACCUUCAGCUACCUUUCUUACUACUCUGUGCUUAUAAGAGCCACUUGCAUAAAACAUACUCUGAGGCAGUGUAGGUUCGCCAGUCACACGAUGGGGGAAGAAGCUAAGCAGGAAGCGGAGGCGAAACAAGAAGAAAAUAAAGAAAAAAAGACAGAGGAAACAAAGCCAGGGCCUGCUCCUUCAGUCGUGUUGUCUCUGGAUUUGCACUGUGUUGGAUGUGCAAAGAAGAUUGAGAAGUGCAUGCUCAAGUGCACAGGGGUUGAGAGUGUUGAGGUGGACAUGGUGAAGAACCAGGUCACAGUGAAAGGGGUUGUGGAUUCUCAAUCUCUGUGCUCCAGAAUCCACAAGAGAACACGGAGGAAAGUGCAAGUAGUCUCUCAGCCGACUGCAGAGACCGAAGGGGACUCCAUGCCGGAAGUUGUUCCACCUCAGGAGAGUAGCAUGGCAACAAUUGAGCUCCUUGUCUACAUGCACUGUGAGAUAUGUGCAGAGCUGCUGAAGAGGAAGAUACUAAAGAUGAAAGGAGUGCAAACAGCUGAGACUGAUACGAGUGCUGGGAGGGUGACUGUAACUGGAACAAUGACUGUUGAAAAGCUAGUUGAGUACAUACACAGGCGAACUGGGAAACUAGCUACUGCUGUUCCUCCACCACCACAACCCCGCAGCGAAGAGGAGAAGAAAGAACAGGACAAGACACCUGAGGAAGAAAAUAAAGAGGAGAAAAAGGACAAAGAGAAGGCACCUGAAGGACAAGGCAAUGGCGAUGAUACGAAUGGUGAUGCCGAAAAAGAAAAGACAAAAGAAAGCGAAGAGAUCGAUACCACCACAAUUGUUGGCCAAGAGGACAUGAUGAGGAGAAUGAUGUAUUGGCAUGGCAACUUCAUCAGGGAAGAAGAGAUGGCACAGAAGACGAUGAUGCAUGGGAUGCCAGUAUUGAUCAACCAACCUCCCCCACCACCUCAGUUCUUCAGCGACGAAAACCCCAAUGCUUGUUGCAUCACAUAAAACUCAAAACAAGAUCAUGGCAAAACUAAUCCUUGUGGAUUGGUUCUUUCUUGGUGGUUAAUGUUAUCUAUGAAUUGUAAUUUAUCUAUAAUAAGAUCUCAACACAAAGGCUUGAUUAAUAUAACCAACUAUUUCAGAAUCAAAAUGAACGUUUGAGUUGUAGCAUACUAGACAAUGUCAGCAACAAAAGCAACUAAAACUUUGAUACUAAGAUCAUAAGAUUCAGCUUUUGGGCGUAAUGUAAAGAUCAUAACUGACAAUUUGACAAACAAAAUAUGACGAAUAAAUUAUGAGAACAAUACAAAAAAGCAUAAAGCCAUCGCAUGUGGAAAAAUAGGUGCAGAUGUGAACAAUUACAGUGAA